UAGAGAGAGAGGGAGAGCGAGACGAUGGGGCAUCAUAUUCUGCCCAAGAGAAUAAUCCUAGUGAGACACGGAGAGAGCCAAGGCAACCAGACCGACACCGCCUACGCCACCACCCCAGACAGCCAGAUCCCACUCACCCCUCUUGGCAUCGAACAGGCCCGCCGCGCCGGCAAAAGCAUCCAUCGCGUUGUCUCCGACGAUGGCCUUUCCCACAACUGGAAGGUCUAUUUCUACGUAUCACCCUACCAACGGGCCCGCUCCACCCUCCGCGAGAUCGGCAGAUCCUUCCCCAAGGAUCGAAUUCUUGGGGUCCGGGAGGAAUGCAGGAUCAGGGAACAGGAUUUCGGAAACUUCCAGGAGGCAGAGCUGAUGAAGGCCAACAAAUCAGAUCGCUUGAGGUUCGGCCGCUUCUUCUUCCGCUUUCCACAGGGAGAAUCCGCUGCCGAUGUCUUCGACCGUCUCUCCAGUUUCUUAGAGUCGUUGUGGAGGGACAUAGACAUGAAGAGGCUUGUCCACAAUCAAGUAUGCGAUGAUGAGAUAAACCUGGUCAUCGUAUCGCAUGGGCUGGCGUUGCGGGUGUUCCUAAUGAAGUGGUUCAAGUGGACGGCGGAGCAAUUCGAGCUUCUAUACAAUCUGGACAACUGCGAAUGCCGGGUCAUUCAACUGGGUGCCGGUGGAAAGUACAGCCUCGCCAUACAUCACUCCGAGAAGGAGCUCGUCAAAUGGGGAUUUUCUCCCGAGAUGAUCGCCGACCAGAAGUGGCGCGCCAACGCCAAUAAGGGGGACUGGAACGACAAGUACCUUGACACCUUCUUCGAUCAUCUUCCUUGUGACUCCUCAUCCUCCGACUCUGACGACAAUGAUUAUGUACCCUGCGACCAAGAUGGAGAAAUGGAAAACAACACCCAUGACUGA